CAAACCACACAACACAACAAGGAAGAAGCACAAUUCAUAACCGAUCCGUACAGACUUCCAUUACUAAAAUGACGAAUAGUUCCUGCAAAAAUGUCUACGCAGUGCUAAACAGCACAGAGAAGGUGGCCAUUGGCACCAUCUGUGUGUUGAUCGCACUUCUCAGCCUCCUGGUCAAUGUGUUCAUUCUGGCUGUCAUAGGCUGCUCUAGGAACCUACGAAAGCAUCCGUCAUACCUGUUUAUGGGCAACUUGGCAUUGGCAGACACUAUUGCAUGCAGCUGUUUCACCAUCAACUUCCUGGAAUUCCACCUUUCUAAACCGGGCAACUCGUUUGAGAAAACACAGUAUCUGCUGAAGCUAGGUGCCGUGACCAUGGCGUUUACAGGAUCAGUUGGAAGUCUGCUUGUGAUGGCAGCUGACCGCUAUCAUGCCAUCUACAAGGUUUCAACCUACAAGGUGCUGGUGACACGUAAAAGAGCCUUGAUGGCUAUUGUGACUUUAUGGGUUACGGCUGCUCUCAUUUCCUUCCUUCCUCUGAUGGGCUGGAAUUGUCCAACUUGUCAGUCAUGCUCCGAUCUCUUUCCAUAUGUGAAUCAUAACUACCUGGCAUUCUUUGCCAGUCUCGUGUUGGUGGUGAUCGUCCUCAUACUGGUGGCCUAUGCUCUGAUAGUGUGGAUGGCCCACAAACAUGAAGCCAAUCUGUCCGCUGAACAUCCAGAACUAGCACGCAUGCGUGUGGACAUCCAUUUGGCAAAGACUUUUAGCUGUGUUCUGCUAAUUCUGUUAGUGUGUUGGCUGCCGGUCCUUUUCUUCAUGAUGACAGAUGUAGUUACGAAAGGUCUUUCAAGAGCACAACAAAAGGCAUUUGCCUUCUGCAGUACACUAUGCCUGCUGAACUCAGGCAUCAAUCCAUUGCUAUACACCCUGCGCUGUCGUGAACUACGUGCAGCGCUUAAAUCAUUAGUAGCUGGUUUAAGAAGAUGCAAUGGUUGUAGUUCACAGCUAGUGACUAAUACCAGUGUAUGAGACAUUUAACAGCAUCUGGCUACUGAACAGAAGUGUUUGCUCCCCCUAGUGUUGGUUCCUAAACAACAGCAGCUUUACUUCUGUUUUCAGUUAUCAUUUCUUAAAUUUUGAUUAAAUAUUGCACAAAAUGA